AUGUCCACCAUGGGUCCACCCCAUGUCCACCUCAUGUCCAUCUCCAAAUCCACUUCAUGUCCACCCCGUGUCCACCCCAAAUCCACCCCAUGUCCACCUCGUGUCCACCCCAUGUCCACCAUGGGUACAUCUCCAAUUCCACCCCACGUCCACCCCAUGUCCACCUGGUGUCCACCUUGUGUCCAUCUCCAAAUCCACUCUGUGUCCACCCAUGUCCACCCCAUGUCCACCUUGUGCCCAUCUCCAAUUCCACCCCACGUCCACCCUGUGUCCACCUCGUGUCCAUCUCCAAAUCCGCCCCAAAUCCACCCCAUGUCCGCUCUGUGUCCACCCCACCUCCACCUCAUGUCCACCUCGUGUCCAUCUCCAAAUCCACCCCGUGUCCACCUUGUGUCCACCCCACGCCCACCCCAUGUCCAUCUCCAAAUCCACCCCAUGUCCAUCUGUGUCCACCUCAUGUCCACCUCCAAAUCCACCUUGUGUCCACUCUGUGUCCACCCAUGUCCCCUCCAUGUCCAUCCCAUGUCCACCUCGUGUCCACCCCAUGUCCACCUCGUGUCCAUCUCCAAAUCCACCCCACCUCCACUCUGUGUCCACACCAUGUCCACUCUGUGUCCACCCAUGUCCACCCCAUGUCCACCCCAAAUCCACCCCAUGUCCACCUUGUGUCCAUCUCCAAAUCCACUCUGUGUCCACCUCAUGUCCACUCCAUGUCCAUCCCAUGUCCACCAUGGGUCCACUCCAUGUCCACCUUGUGUCCAUCUCCAAUUCCACCCCACGUCCGCCCCAUGUCCACCAUGGGUCCAUCUCCAAUUCCGCCCCACGCCCAUCCCAUGUCCACCUGUGUCCACCCCACGCCCACCCCGUGUCCACCAUGGGUCCAUCUCCAAUUCCACCCCAUGUCCACCCCAUGUCCACCGCGUAUCCACCCCACCUCCACCCCAAAUCCACCUCAUGUCCACUCUGUGA